AGGGCUGUUGAGUUUUGACUUUUUGGCUGAUCGCUGUUGGGGCAUUGAAAUUGUCUGCGGUCUGCUCAACUCAUAUAAUGUCCCGUCUCAUUGUCAAGAACCUUCCAAAGCAUUACACAUUAGACCGGUUCAAGGAACAUUUUAGUGAAAAGGGCGAAGUAACAGAUGCCAAACUCGUGAAGACACCGGAUGGGGUGUUCCGUCGCUUUGGCUACAUUGGGUUCAAGACAGAGAAGCAGGCCAAGGAUGCGCUAAAGUACUUCAACAAUACAUUUGUGGAUACCUCAAAGAUUCAAGUUGAAUUGGCAAAGGCGAUUGGAGAUGCAAGUCUUCCCAGACCAUGGAGUCGACACUCUCAUGGAAGUUCAGCAUUCGACCGCAAGACGCAAGCAGAGGCAGAGGCCCAAAGGCAGCGGGAAGAGCGACAGGAUCGCUUGCGUCGUCAAAAGGAGGAGACGCAACAGGAUAUGGAGCGAAAACAAAAACUUUUGAAUACUUUAUAUGCUGACGAGCAUGAUCCAAAACUGAAGGAGUUCUUGGAAGUGAUGAGGCCUCGGUCUUCCGCCCGUGGGCGGACGUGGGCAAAUGAUGAUGUCACAUCUGCACAAGGAACGGCAAAUAAUGGGGGGAAGAAGAAUAGAGCCAAAGCUACCGUUCUGGCAGUCCCAAAUAAGAAGACCGGCGGUGAUGGAAUGCUAGUUACCAAAACGCAUGUGACUUUUGAAGAUUCUGAGGAUGAGCUGUAUGACGAGCUUCCCUCUGCCACGAAAGACAAUGGUAGUGGCAGUACAAAGGAAGGGACGGAAUCGGCGGCAACGAUGGUAGAAGAAGAUGUAGAAACGGAAACCGUCGAGGAUGCAUCUAAACAGAGAAAUUCAGCUGCUCACGACAGUAGUUUGUCAGAUCUCGAUUAUCUUCGUUCUAAAAUGAGAAACCUGAGCAAGGAUGAAGACGAGGAAAUCGAAGCGCAUGAGGACUCGGGGGCGGACGUUGGCGAAGAUGAUGAUGAUAGCAUGGACGUGGAUAAGGCAAUAACGCCAACAGACAUUAAAUCCUCAUCAACAAUUGGAGCUGUGCCUUCCAAGAUUCAUGCGAGUAGAAUGGCUCUAUUCGAUAAUGAAGAUGACAUUGAAACUCCUGCACCGAUCGCAACGACGCAAGGUGCUUCUAAUACUCGACCGCCUCCAUCAACGGUUUCAGUGCCAAAGGCUGAACAGGGUCCGCCGCCUGCAGAGUUAAUCGCUGACACAGGUCGACUGUUUGUCAAAAAUCUGCCAUACACUUGCACAGUCGAGGAUUUGCACAAGCUUUUUGAGAAGUUUGGACCUUUGUCGGAGGUUCACAUUCCGAUAGAAAAAGAAACUAAAAAGCCGAAAGGUUUUGCAUUUAUCUUAUACCUUCUUCCCGAGCACGCUGUGAAGGCAUUUACGACACUGGAUGGGCAGAUUUUCCAAGGUCGUAUUCUGGAAGUAUUACCUGGCAAAGAGAAACCGAGACCCGUUGAUGACGAAGAAAACAGUUCGCAGACGUUCAAGAACCAGCGAGAAAAGCAGAGAAAAGCUAACGCUGGCAAUGAAUUUAGCUGGAAUAGCCUCUUCAUGAACAGUGAUGCUGUAGCAGAAGCGAUGGCAAGAAAACUCGGAGUGAAGAAGAGUGACAUUCUGAAUCCGGAUGCGGAAAAUAUGGCUGUACGAUUGGCUCUUGCGGAAACCCACAUUAUUACUGAAACAAAGCAAUAUCUUGAAGAGGAGGGAAUAGAUCUAAGCGCUUUUGAGAAGCGGAAGACACGAAGUAAAAGUAUCAUUUUGGUAAAGAAUAUUCCACAUGACACAGAAGAAGAGGAGUUGCGCGAGCUUUUUGGCAAGUUUGGUACGAUUGGACGGUUGGUUCUUCCGCCUGCAAAAACCAUUGCUCUGGUCGAGUUUUUGGAACUUAACGAAGCGAAGGCAGCAUUUCAACGGCUAGCAUACACCAAAUUCAAACAUUUGCCAUUGUAUCUGGAAUGGGCACCAGUGGAUACCUUCAAAAAGAAGUAUGAUCCGACAGAAGUUGCUGAACGUCGGAACAAAAAGGAGACACAAAAAGAAGAUAAAACUACUACCGAAGAUGUAGAAUCAGAAGCCCCCAGAAGAACUAUCAACGAGCUUGCUAGCGCAGACGACGCUACGGAGGAUCCGGAUGCUAUGCCAAUUGCCACCUUGUUCGUUAAGAACCUCAAUUUUGAGACCAAUGAGGAGCGGCUUCGAGAAGCCUUCAAAGUUGCCAAAGGCCUGCGUUCAGUUCGAGUUGCCACCAAGUUGGAUAAGAAGACUGGCGGCAAGCUGUCCAUGGGGUUCGGAUUCUUGGAGUUCAACACAAAAGAGGAUGCUAUGCGAUGCAUUAAGUCGAUGCAGAAUUUCAAAUUGGAUGGACAUUCUCUUGAGCUCAAGAUUUCGAACGCUGCGGCAAAAAGCACAGCGCCGUCCAAAAAGCGAGGGUCUGAGGAACCAAUAAAGGUCACCGGUACAAAGCUUAUUGUACGCAACAUUCCAUUCGAGGCCACAAAGAAGGAUAUCCGACAAUUGUUCUCAACAUUUGGCCAAGUCAAGUCUGUGCGUAUACCGCGCAAGAUGGAUGGAAAUCACCGAGGUUUCGGUUUCGUAGAUUUCUUAACCAAGCAAGAAGCGAAAUCCGCGUUUGAAAGCCUGGCUGCUACUCACUUGUACGGAAGGCAUUUGGUGCUCGAAUGGGCUGAGGAUGUGGAAUCAGUGGAAGCUAUGCGAAGCAAAACGGCGAGGGGAUUCUUUAAGGAUGAUGGGCCAAAUAAAAAGAGAAAGAUUGUGAUGGAUGAUGAAGGGGAAGAAGAUGAGGACUAGUUGAUGGUUAUAUAGUUUCAGGCUACAUUGUAUAUAGUAUAUAAACUUUAUUUUAGUUCUGAUAUCAUCGUUAAAUACAAGCGAGUUUAGACCCAC